UUUUCAGACGUAAUUUAGCCCUUUUUUGAUUUUUUGCCAAUGUACUGUGUCGCAAAACCCACCUUGUAUUGUUGACGGCUACCAUGUUUACUCGCCAAAAUAACGCGGCUUCGCACGCACUAUCUGUCUCAGUGCUGAAAAAAUAUCAACUAGUAUUAUUCGCAUUAGUCUUAAAAUCCAUAGUUAUCUUUUUUUGCUACUGUCAUCAGUCACUCUCUCAGGCCCAUCCUUACUCGGUAAGAAAGCUGCUUAAUAGUUGAAUAAACAACGGCAGAUUAUGUAAUGUAUCCUCUGAAAUGACAAACCAAACCCGACCAAAGUAUGCUCAUUACACUUCGUAUGGAAGGCUGAUGGUGAUCUAUAAGAAGCAUCGAUUCAUAUGCCAUCCGAAUUUUACCGCUUCCUGUCGCCUCCAUAUUGUUUCCACUUCUGAAUUCACAGCAAUCGCAACCGCGAGGUCACAGGUUGAAGUUUCAGAAUGCUUUUCGCACCAAACCAUCGAUUGCAUUGUUACGAAACAUGCUGCAAGGAUUAUUUCGUCAUUCUAUGAUGUGAUUACCUUGUUUAAGAGCCUACGGUUCAAGAAUUUUGACAUCCAACGGUUUUCUUCUUCCUCUUUCGUUUAUUGCAGCUAUUUUAAGCUCGCAAUGUCAAAUGUUGUCUUUGUUUCGAGGCAAUUUCGUACCACAAAUAUCCUUUCGAGAAGCCUCCCCGUUUUUUUUAUCAGAAAAACAAAGCAAAAGUAAACUUUUCAAUCAUCUAUUCCUGUUUUAUUUCUUGAGUAUUUCGACUUUUUGAAAGCCAAUUCCUUCAAAGGGUCUGAAAUUUCUGGAAAAUAAGGAAGUGCAUCAUUUACAUUAAAUUUUCUCGAUCAUUGCCAUUCACGAAAUGAGUAAUUAUAUUUUCGCAAUGUCGCCUCAAUUAAUUUUGUCCGAAAGCGACGUACUGUUCAACCAGCUGAUUGAUAAUGAUGCUUCAAACAAAGAUGUCAUUUUGGUAAAUGAUGGCGUGUUUAUACUGCGUGCAAUGGACUUCCGCAAAGUAAAAAUAUAAAUGAUUGUAUCCUCUCUCCAAGGAUUGAAACUUGAAAGUGACAUUGUGAUACGGCGGCCGGGAACAUCAUUACAAUACAGGCUGGACAAUUCCUGACAAAGUAAACUGGAACGUAUUUUGAACGACCGACAAGACAAGAAGAAAGAGUUAACCUUCGGCGGAGUAAACAAAUCGACAGUGAAGGCUAAAUUGAAUAUACUGUGUAUACCCCUCCACAUAGACCAGAAUAUUUCACACUAUCAAAGUAGUAAUCUUGAAGAAGACAUCUAAUUGUUUAUACAUUUAAACUCAGCCAUCCUCUACCUAUAAGGGACCUAUGGUUGUCUGGGUGAUUCAGUUAAAAGCACUUUGUCGAUCGCCUACAGAUUUUGUAUCACACUCUUAAGAAAACAUCUUUUUGCGCUCAGUGGAAAUAAGGUUGGAUCCCUAAAGCCAUUUUGAGGACAAUAUCUUUUCUUUCCUUUGACAGAAAGAGAGCGAAUCGAACAUUUGAUAACCACAGAAUAAGACUGGGCAUCGAGAAACCAGAAAGUGCAAAGAACUGAAGUACUCGCUCAGCAAGACGAACGACGAACCUCUGAAGCUUGAAAAAACAGCCGCUCUUGGAAAGUUGGAAGAUUCGAAUCAAUAGACGACAUCAGUGAUACAGACAGGUGUAGUUGUGCCUGGAGGUCUUGUCAGAGCAAGACAUCUACGUCACCUCAGCGUCAAUAAGCUUCGAACUCUGCGAUGAACAAUAAAGCGGUUAUCUCCAUUUUGCUCUUAAUUGUCGUGAUCGAGUUAGUGUGGUGUAACGGCGCCAAUAAGACGGAGAGCUGUAACGGCACCAAUGUGACAAAUAAUACAACAUAUUGUAAUAGCACCGAGAAGAAGAAGCUAUUCAUUGCAGUAAUCGAUAAAAGAAAUGACGGCACCAUAGAAUCCGGUAUACAUCUGGCGAUCGAAGUUGCCAAGAACUCUUCAGAAUUUAAAGAUUUCCUGGACAAGUAUGAAAUAAUAACCAACGUGUACUAUACAAAUGGUAAUGAAGCAAAUGCCAUAGUUAGCGCUGUAGAUGCACUGAGAUACCCCUCACGGGAGGAUGGAUAUGCCUUGAUUCUACUUGGUCCUCAAACUCCUCCCGAAGCUUCCUCGGUAUUGAAAGUUGCACGAUUCUACAGAAAGCCUAUGGUAACGUACCUAACCACAACGCCCAGCUAUGAAGAGUUAUUAAAUCCUUACGGGUUUACGUUUGCACCAUCAGCUUUUACCUUCAAUAAAGCUGUCAAAAGCAUAAUAAAAUUCUUUAAAUGGAAAAGAGUCGCCGUGGUGUACGACUUUCUAGAUACAGCGGGUCUUUAUGUCAAGGUUGUGAGCAACCUAAUAGAGAAAGCAGACUUUAAAAUUAUUGGAUUUGAAGCAAUAAAUACUGGUGAAAUCAGCCCUGAACUGGACGUCAACAUAGAUAUCCAAGUUAAACUGAAAAAACUAAAGGACUUGGAUGCUAAAAUAUUCUUUGGUGCUUUCAAUGGAAGAGGAGCUAGUCUGGUGUUUUGUAACUUGUACAAAAUGGGCAUGUAUGGACCAGAGUUUGUGUGGAUCCUGCACCCUGACGCGGAGACCGUCAAAGACUGGAGUGAGUAUGCCAAUGUCGAGAGGUCCAAGAACAAAACUGGGACUUGUACAACAGAAGAGUAUGAAGAAGUAGCAGACAGAACUAUUAUCCUAGACAAAAAAAUUUUAUAUCGGACGGAUGGUGAUACCAUUACUGCAUCUAGUCUGUCAUUACGCCAAGCGUUCAUGAUGAAAGGCUUCGAAAACAAGACAGAACCUAAGAAGAUCGAGUUUGCAACUGCCUUUGACACCAUGUGGUCCAUCAUGCUUGCUUUAAAGGAAGCAAAUGCUGAAAAUUUUCCUCUGGAAGAUAAUGUAAAAAAGUUUUUGGGGAAUGCAGUCAUAACAAAAACUAUCGUAUCAAAACUGGAAAAUUUGUCCUUUGAAGGACUUACGGGUCCAAUAUCGUUUGAUCCCGACGUGCACUACAGGCAAGGGAUAAUAGGAGUGAAGCAAUACAGAACUAGCGAAAAGGGUCUUGUACAAAUUGGAAGACAUGACACAAAGAAAGAUAAGUUUGAGUUGUUCAACAACACCAACGUAUGGAAAGAUGGUUUUACCCCUUACGACAGUUCACAGAAAAGAUUGGAGCCGCAAGCCGUUGCUAUUGAACUCUAUAUUGUAUUUUCAAUCGCCGCAUCCAUUGGAAUCCUGUUGGGGAUAAUGUUUCUGGUGUUUAAUCGAUAUUAUCGCAAGUACAGGUUUAUCCGGCUGUCUGCACCCCUAUUUAAUGAUGUCAUGGUCGUGGGCUGCAUCAUGUGUCUUAGUACGGUAUAUUUAUUUGGUAUGAGAAAUUAUGGCGAUCCAAAAACAAUCAUGCCUCCUAUCUGCAAGGCCCGAGCGUGGAUUUUGAAUGUUGGGUUUUCAUUGGCCUUCGGAGCCAUGUUCAUCAAAACGUGGAGAAUUUACAAGAUUUGUACCAACAAGCGCCUGAAAGUUCGCCUCGGUCCUUUGUCCGAUUGGUGGAUGCUUGCAAUGGUUGGUGGGAUCGUUUUAAUUGACGUGGGUAUCAUGGUUGCGUGGGAAAUCGAAGACCCCAUGGAGUGGGCUCAGCAAAACUUUACUGAGAGGGAACAGAGGAAAGACGAAGAGAAACCCUUUAUCAUCAUUAUACCAACGCUGAACACCUGUACCGCCAAGAACUUGACGGUAUGGUUGGCUUUGAUCUACGUAUACAAGGGCGUUUUGCUACUGUAUGGACUCUUCCUUGCUUACGAGACAAGAAACGUGGUGUAUGCUCAUCUCAACGACUCUCGUGUCAUUGGCAUCUGUGUGUAUAACGUAGUUGUGUUGUCCACCAUCGGGGCAUUUCUGGCGCUGAUUCUGAACAAUCAUCAAUACGAGCAAUUGUACGCCGCCUUGAGUGUGUGUAUUAUAUUUCCAGCUACAGUUACCAUAUCCUUAAUUUUCAUCCCAAAGCUAAUACAUCGGAUGAAAAUGAGCUCCCUCGAAGAUGAGGCAGGAGAAUCAACGACAAACACCAGAACCUUUAAUCGGCCGUCCAUUGACAUAACCAGUACUUGCGGUUAUGCCACUGAGAUGGGUAGAGAGAGAUACGUUGAUGCUUCUUCAGCGAACGGCAGCGUUAACACGCUUUGUGUGUAUCAAAACGGAGAUGCUGGACUUUCUCCUGCUCCUUCACCGAAACCACCCACGAAAUUCCAAGAAAUAUCGCCUAAAACUCUCGAAGAUUGAGGGUAUAGUACGAUAAUAAAAAGAAGGAUUUAAACGUCGCCAUGUGACAACGAAAAUUCAACUCACCUUUAACUCUCGGGCUAUUGGUAUUUCUAGAAUUUUUUAAGAGAAUUAUCGCGAGGAGGAAGACAUGCCCACGUCCCAAAAUUGCUUUGAAGUUUAUCCACAAGUACGGAGGACAACCCGUCCUGGAGAAGUCGGUUGUUAGGAUAUUGUGUUUCCACUGAGCCUUCAUGAGUGCGAAACUGUUCAAACUGAUUACUGAUGACAAAGCACAGUGGAUACAUCUCACCGAAAAAAUGAAUUUCGGACAGAAGUUGUGAAAUCCGAAGUUGUGGGUGUGUGUCAACCUCAAGGGAUGUUACGUGAAGAAAAAACUCGUAAACUUCACACGCUGGUCUCGCAAUUUUAAAAACUUCUACGGUUCUUCAAGUAAAUAAACGCAGGAAAUUUGUGGAAAUACUUUUAGAUCUUUGAACUGAAGAAAGCUGGAACUGCUACGUAGAACAUUUUGUCUUAGCUGUUUUUAGGUGCUGGAUCUCACUUGAAAUACUCUCAAUGGUCUAUCUUUAAAAAAUUUUGAAGAAUUUUAAAUAUUGACCGUAGUGCAACUGUAUUUAAAUGAAAAUAUACAGUUGUUAUUAUCAUCAUCAACAUCAGUGUCAUUAUUGUUAUCAUUAUCAUCAUUAUUAUUUAUUGUCAGUAAUUUGUGUGAAUUAGAGUGCGCUACAGCUUUAUAGAUAACCACGGUAAGCAUAUCGACAAAAACAAUAAGUUUGAGUCUGUUGAAAACAUCGUCAAGGCGUUCACGUACACUGAAAAGCAGAGAGAGAAGGUCCUUGAGACCCUCUGCUUAUUUCUGGAACUUAUUCAAUCGGAAUUCAGUGCAGUGUGUACAUUUUAAAACGUGGUUCGGCCACCAUGCCGACUGAAUCUUGCAAGUUCGUAGAGCCAUUUCAUAGCUUGUGCAUCAUAAAAAAUUAGCACAUGUUACCUUUAACUAAGGGCAGGAGACGAAGCUCUUGAAGAGACGUGAGUUUUCCUUUUUACCAGGAGAGUCAUUUGUAAAUUGUUCUUAAUAAAAACUUGAAAUCAAU